GUUUGGCCGGCAAGAAAAUUCCAGAAUUUUCCAUGGAGAAAGCGAAAAACUCAGAAGAUGGAUGUGCUUCUCUUUUCGUAGAUGUUGGGUUUUGAUUGUUUGUUUUCUCAUCUUUUGCUUGUUUGUUUCUAUUUGACGAUAAAGACCAAAUGGUUUCCAAGAGGGAACGCCAAGGCAAAGAAGCUUCCAAGGCGUACUCGACGAAGGGUGUCUCUGGUGAUAUAAUUCCCCACUUGCUUAACUUGUCAGUUUGUUCUUCCUGUUCUCUAAUAGACAUCAUAUGCUCACUAUAUGCUCGACUGAUUUUCAGUUUGAAAGUUGCAGCUUUAGUUUUAUGCUUUUUUGUGAAGUUAAAGAUUAUAAUUCUUUGGUUUUAGAUUUAAGUUUGUUAAACUGGAGAGGAAACGGUUGGGUUUCAUUUGAUUUGCCAUUCAGUUUUCUUAUUACAAUACUUGGUUGAUUGCAUUGUAUUGCUCAUUGUGUAAUUUCUAAUGGAUUGCUUCAGAUAUGGAUCUUGUGCCACACCACGCGACUUUGAAAUCUAUGCCCCAGAUGCUACUUUUGAAGAUCCACUUAUGUGUGCUCAUGGGGUGAAGCAGAUCAAAUCAGCAUUUUAUUCACUUUCCAAGAUUUUUAGUGAAUCAAGAAUAGUAGAUUAUAGUGUCAAAGAAAAUGCAAUUUCAGCUGGAAAGCAAGAGAUAUUAAUUGACAACAAGCAACAAUACAAGUUCAUGGGAAGAAACAUAGACAUGAUAUCUCUCAUCAAGCUGUAUGUUGAGAAUGGGAGAGUUGUUCGUCAUGAAGAUUGGUGGGACAAGAAGCCUAUUUGGAAUAGGGAAACAGUUAAGCUGCCACUUGUUGGCCGAAUGUUGGAAAUGACUCGCAGGGGGUCUAUGCUUGUAACUCAUGCUUUGAUGGGGUUUGGGAAGGAUCCUACCAUGUAAGAUCAAUUCCAAGACCAGAAAAAGAAAAUGACAACUUUGGAUCCUCCCAAUGUUGGAUUUGUGAGUAAUAAUAAGCAUCCAUUGGCUGUUUACUUGUACUUGAGAUUGAACGAUGUAACAUAACACUUGGAUUAAUUCUUUAAAGUGGUUCUGUUUAUGAGAUGUAAACCAUUACAAUUAGAAUAUGAUCCAGGAACUAUAUUAUGCAUAUAAAAAAUCUGUCUAUAUGGCACAUUGAUUCUAUAUUAUUCUGAUAAUGGGCAUGUAAUGCUUCUGUCUUACUGAUGAAAAUCUCCUUAGAUUUCCUUUUUCAGUUUUUUUUUCUUCUCUUUAAAGAAAAAGAAAGCUCCAUUCACAUGUUGGAAAAUUUGACUGAGUCAUUGGGCAGGUGAGGUUAGUUUGAAAGUAGUGUGAGUACCAGCCCCAGCACUCAAACAAAAAGUUACUCUCUCCUAAAAAUGCUUAAAGACUAGGACCACAAGCAAUCAUUGAAAGCACCACCACAUCAGUCUUUGAAGGAUCCAAGGCAGCAUUCUUCAGGUGAUGAUAGAAAGAGAGGGAUAUGAUUCAAUUAUUCACUGAUUAUUGGUGUUUGAGAUCCGAGAAUUCCCUUACUUUCAUGCAACAUUCACUUGUAACAGAAAGAACAAAGCAUUACCUUUCUUUUCCUAAAGACUGCAAAAGCCCAGUCUGUGGAAACUUUGUCUCCAUGCCAUUCCUUUUCUGCAGAGACAGGCUACCCUCUCUUAUCCAUGCCUCUCUUAGAAAGUAUUGAGGUGUGGAAGCUUGUCUUGGGUGGAGGCUGUAAGAGAGUAAUGAAAGCAAAAAGGCUUGAGUUACUAUGUAACAAAAUCUAAUUCGAUUGUGGCAGUUGAUAAAGCCGGGCAAAGAUGAAUUAGGACAACACUUGAACCAAGGUUUGAUCUUACCAAUAAUUUUGUCUUAGAGAAUGUUUUAUUAUGUCGGUUAAGCCAAAAAUUAUAAAUUAGUCAAAUCAAUUCAGGUAGCCUCUUUGCAAAGCAAUUAACUUAGGUUGAGACUUUGAAAGAGAAUAAGGGGAGACGUGAAACUAACAAGAAAGGUAUCACAAUUGG